AUGAUCUACGCCAGCGACGUCAACUACCCCUUCAGUAUCUCCACCAUUAAGCUCGCCAUUCUCUUAUUCUACCUACGGCUCUUCGGAUCGCGCACAGGCUUCAGGAAAGUCCUCUAUGUGACCGGCGCCCUCGUCAUCAGCUGGUUUAUUGGCAAAUCUUUCACGGCUAUCUUCAGGUGCACUCCCAUAAGCGCCGCCUUCGUUUUCGAUACGUUCUAUCAGGAGCAACAUUGCAUUGAUACUAAUGCCUACCUCAUUCCCACGUCUGUUUUCAAUGUAACGCUCGAUGUCUGGAUUCUCGUUCUACCACUUUACAUCGUUUGGACGCUGAAGCUCUCGCCAAGGCGGAAGUGCGGAUUGAGUGGUAUCUUUUUGCUGGGUGCAUUCACCAUUGGCGCAAGCAUAGCAAGGACAUAUUUUGUAUUCAACGUUGACCUCUCGGACAUUACUUGGUCCUCCGUCACCCCAAUCAAUUGGUCCAGCGUCGAAACCAGCGUUGGUAUCAUCAGCGCUUGUCUCCCAACCCUCCUGCCGGUCUUCGGGGUCUUGGACCGCAAAGUCCAAAAGACCACAACCUUCUGGCGCAGGCUUACCAAUAAAAGUAAGGACCUGUGGUAUUUGGACUUCUCAGCAAGACAGAAAGGAGAAACGACCCCCACAUCGAAUGAGAAGAUGGCGGGACCCCCCCACAUUUGUCUCUGGGUGAUGUCAGCUGGCGGGGCCCUCAUUACGAAGGCUUUGGGUACGACGACGCAUUCAAGGGACUUAGAUUAA